CAAUUUAGGUGUGAGGCUAUCAUUAAUGUUAUUAGUUACACCUGUGCUUUUUAUGCUACAAUAUUUCCGAAUGUCUCUGUGGUGGGAAAAGAAGUUAAACUAUAAUCUUGCAAUAAAGUAUACACGUUCAGACACUGUGUAAGGUUUGAGGACGUGUAUGUCAGGAUGGCCCAAUGGAACCAGUUACAGCAGUUGGAGACCAGGUAUCUGGAGCAACUUUACCACUUGUACAGUGACAGUUUCCCCAUGGAACUACGGCAGUUCCUUGCCCCCUGGAUUGAGAGUCAAGACUGGGCUUAUGCUGCCAAUAAGGAGUCACACGCCACACUGGUGUUCCACAACCUCUUGGGAGAAAUAGACCAGCAGUACAGCCGUUUCCUGCAGGAGAACAAUGUACUCUACCAGCAUAACCUGCGCAGGAUUAAACAACAUCUGCAGAGCAAGUACUUGGAGAAGCCGAUGGACAUUGCCCGCAUUGUUGCCCGCUGUCUAUGGGAGGAGCAAAGACUGCUACAGACUGCCACCUCUGCUGCACAGGAUGGUCAGGCAGCCCAUCCCACUGGGACAGUAGUAACCGAGAAGCAGCAGAUCCUGGAGCACAACCUUCAAGACAUUAGGAAGCGAGUUCAGGAUAUGGAACAGAAGAUGAAAAUGCUCGAGAACUUGCAGGAUGACUUUGACUUCAAUUACAAGACGUUGAAAAGCCAAGGAGAGUUGUCCCAGGACCUAAAUGGGAAUAGCCAAGCAGCUGCUACCAGACAGAAGAUGGCUCAGCUCGAGCAAAUGCUUAGCGCCUUGGACCAACUCAGGCGGCAAAUUGUGACAGAGAUGGGAGGCUUGCUGACCGCCAUGGAUUAUGUCCAGAAGAACCUGACAGAUGAAGAACUAGCAGACUGGAAGAGAAGGCAGCAAAUUGCCUGUAUUGGAGGUCCACCUAACAUCUGCCUGGACCGCCUCGAAACAUGGAUAACAUCCCUGGCUGAGUCCCAGCUCCAGAUUCGUCAGCAGAUCAAGAAGCUGGAGGAGCUUCAACAGAAGGUGUCCUACAAAGGAGACCCCAUCAUCCAGCACCGGCCAGCCCUGGAAGAGAAGAUUGUGGACUUGUUCAGAAACCUGAUGAAGAGUGCUUUUGUGGUGGAAAGACAGCCAUGUAUGCCCAUGCACCCAGACAGACCUCUGGUUAUAAAAACAGGAGUGCAGUUCACAAAUAAAGUCAGGUUACUGGUAAAGUUUCCUGAACUCAAUUACCAGCUGAAAAUUAAAGUUUGCAUUGACAAGGAAUCUGGGGAUGUGGCUGCAAUUCGAGGAUCAAGAAAGUUUAACAUCCUCGGCACCAACACAAAAGUUAUGAACAUGGAGGAAUCCAACAAUGGCAGCCUGUCAGCAGAGUUUAAACACUUGACCCUUAGAGAACAGAGGUGUGGUAAUGGUGGCCGGACCAAUAGCGAUGCCUCUCUGAUUGUGACAGAGGAGCUCCAUCUUAUCACUUUUGAGACAGAAGUCUAUCACCAAGGUCUGAAGAUCGAUCUGGAGACUCAUUCCCUGCCUGUGGUUGUCAUCUCGAACAUCUGCCAGAUGCCCAACGCCUGGGCUUCGAUCCUGUGGUACAACAUGCUCACUAACCACCCAAAGAACGUGAACUUCUUCACCAAGCCUCCAGUGGGGACGUGGGACCAAGUGGCUGAGGUGCUAAGCUGGCAGUUUUCCUCCACUACCAAGAGAGGCUUGACCAUUGAACAGCUCACCACACUGGCUGAGAAAUUACUAGGGCCUUGUGUUAACUACUCUGGCUGUCAGAUCACUUGGGCCAAGUUCUGUAAGGAAAACAUGGCUGGCAAAGGCUUCUCCUUCUGGGUGUGGCUGGACAACAUUAUUGACUUGGUUAAGAAGUAUAUCCUGGCACUGUGGAAUGAAGGGUAUAUCAUGGGCUUUAUCAGUAAGGAAAGGGAGAGGGCCCUUCUCAGUCCAAAACCUCCCGGCACUUUUCUGCUGCGCUUCAGUGAAAGCAGCAAGGAGGGGGGCAUAACAUUUACAUGGGUAGAGAAAGACAUCAGUGGAAAGACCCAAAUCCAAUCAGUGGAGCCGUACACCAAACAGCAGCUCAACAGCAUGUCUUUUGCCGACAUAAUCAUGGGCUACAAGAUUAUGGAUGCUACCAACAUCCUGGUUUCACCUCUGGUGUAUCUGUACCCUGAAAUUCCCAAAGAGGAAGCUUUUGGGAAAUACUGCAGGCCAGAAGCAGCUCCUGAACCUGAGAUGGGAGGAGACUCUACGGGCACUAUUCAGCCAUACUUGAAGACAAAGUUCAUCUGCGUUACCCCGUGUCCCUCCGUGUUCAUGGACUUGCCGGACAGUGAGCUGCUUGGGAACGGAUUCCCAGGCACAAACUCUGGAAACACCAGUGACCUGUUCCCCAUGUCGCCCCGCACCCUUGACUCCCUGAUGCACAAUGAAAGUGAAGUUAAUCCAGGACAUUUGGAUUCACUCACUUUGGACAUGGAUGUAGCAUCACCUAUGUAAAGAGAUUUGCCCAGUUUCUUCAUUCUCUUCCCUUCUUUGUUGGGAUUUGAUAUUGUGUUGUGACAGAGGAUUUGAUGUUUUCUUCUUCCUUCUGUGCACACAGCCUGUCUGUACAGUGUGUUUCUUGUUACUAUGUAAAAAUGAAUCACUUUCACACCAUAGAAAAUUGAAUGAUUUUGAAAGAUAUUCUUUUAAAAAAGAUUAGACUGGUUGUAUUUUAAGCAGCAUCCUGCUCCCGUUCAGUUCUUACCCAUCUUCAUAAAUGUCUGGGAUUGUAUUUUUUGAGAACAGUGUAUUUUUGCGUUGUUGACUUUUUAAAUGGUUAUGAAUUCAUGUGUUCUUUUCUUUGACUAAGAAAAUGUAAUGGGUUUAAUUGUUGUAUAAGCUAUGGCGCUUUGGAAUUGUACUUUGACCUAUUUUUAUGCAUUUAUUGGUCUUUUUCAAUAUGUUUUGUCGCAUUUUUAGUCCCUGCCAAAUGGAAUGUCACAGUUGUUUCCCGAUACCUUGAUUUUAUUUUAAAUGGGUCUCUGUUUGUGUUUUUUUCUCCAAAUGGAAUAUUUCCUAUAUUUUUUCAGAGCAGUUUGAAUCAUUAAAAACUGUAGUGAGAAGAAAAGACAAGGAAUUUAAGACACUUCUGAGGUUAUUUUCCGGUGAGCUAGUUUUCCCCGAGCUAGAAAUUACAUAGCAUAACACGUAGAAGUGGUGCUCUGAAAACAUUUUAUUUGUUACUCCCAUUUAAAUACUGUAAUUUGUGAUCUUGUGAAUUGCACUUGCUUUUGAAAUUAGCAUUUUUUUUAAUUUUUGUUGUGCCUGAAUUCACCUGAAAUGAUCAGAUAUGUAAUGUAAAUCAUUUUAUGAGCUGUUUAUUGUAGGACAAACUUGUUAUCAGAAUAACCAUGGAUGUUUAAGAAAGAUAUUUCACUCUAACAGAGUGUACACAGUGAGGUGUGUAGCGGUUGACUUUUAACCUUUCAUACAGUUGAGUAAACCCUGUCAGAGUUUAAUGCAGGUCACAUGUUUGUCUGUCAUGCCAUGAAAUUCAAGAGGUUUUCUGUGAAAUAUGUUGUACUAUUCAUUAUUUGAAAGAAGGCAAUAAAAACAAGUUAGCACUAA